AUGGCCCAGGUACAGUUCAACGCCUGGCUGAUCCUGUGCGUGUUUGCCGGAUCCCAGAGGCUGACAGAUGAACAUCCUCGCAGCAGGGACGGUGCUGGUGCCAACACACACCAUCGUGGCCCCGAGGACACCAACGUCGUGUUAGAGAUGCUCUGGGGAGGGCUGGAUAUUCGGGCCGACAGGACAAUCCGGCUGCGGGAUGAAGAGCUGGCCUCCCUGCGCCCGGCACGGUGGUUCAUGCAGGUUUUAGAGGAUGACGUUCCCAAAACACCGACAGAGAUUGAGCAGCACCUGAGAUAUUAUUCACUGAUGGAUACUCCCUUGCCUCUAACAGAGUUUGACCGGCUCCUUUUCACUGGUGUUUACUGUGCCUAUCAGGUUCGCUCUAUGCAGGGUCUGGAUAAAAAUCUCUGGAUUAGUUUUUUCUCUCAGCUGGUUGAUGAAAUCUUUCGUGAUCUGUGCAAGGGGCUCUGCCCUGCAAAUACCACCCUCCUGCUGGCUUCCUGGCCCUGGAAGGAGAAGCCUUCACAUUUAGCAUCCCUGAAACAUUUCUAUCAUUCUAACCUGGCCAGGACCAAGAGAGGCACUUAA